UCCUGCUGAGUGUAUAAAUUUGGGGGCCAAAUCAGUGACGCUCUCCGGACUGCUGUGGUCUCACCAGUUACCAACCCUUGACUACUGGUCCCCAUGAAAAUUAGAGUGGAAGCCAGCUUUGGUAUUUCAUGUCCAGCUUUUCCUGUGGAUUUAGAUACUGCUCUCCCUUGGUAACAUUUUCUUGACACCACUGAAGGCAAGUGGUGUGGACCUUCCUCCAGACCCUCCUGGCCCCAGGGUGGCAACGACAUGCUGCCAGGAUGGUGUUGUGCAUAAAGUUUUUUAACUUUCUGGAUGACAGAAGAAGCUUUCCCUGUAGUGCCACCUGCGUUGAUGCUUUUUGCCACUGGGGCUGAAGCUUGUUUUGGAGAGGAGCAUUUCCAGCACACAGAAUAUACUGCUCUUCAUCCUCUGGGGGAGCUUGUGGCCUCACUCUGCUCAUUGAUUUGAGUUGGUGUGGUCCCUUGUGGCUUGCUGGUAGCAGAGAUGUGACCUCUUUGAGUGUAUCUCAGACCUCUUUGGUCCAGACUGCUGCGCUUGGGCUUUCCUUGAAAGGCAGGCUCUGCGGAUGGCGUAGAGAUGUCUGUCCCAAUUCCAGUGGAUGGAUGAAACUUCAAGUUUGCUUUUAGGAAUGAGCGUGUUUCUGAAGGCAAGACAGUCUACUCAAGCGUGGCCUUCAUUGCUCUAAAGUAAGUGGCGAUGGGUUUUCAGUGCUGGUUUUGAGCAGGUCGUGCCAGGACUAGGUUGAACCUUACUUGUGUGUCUCUGCAAGCUGAGCUCUGUCUGUAGGACACAUCUAAACCUUCACAGAGCCUGGCUGUGGUGGGUUUGCUGGUUUGCCUUCUCAAACUCUAACUAGUGACUCUUCUUUUCCUCCAGUGCUGUCUUAACCCAGGAGCUCAACACGUCGGGAGGUGGAGGUUUCCAGCCAUCUGCUUUCCGCAGGCAGUACCGGAGAGUUUGGUCUCUCUAGGUGUCUUGCCACGUUAGCAUCAAAUCCCUGAGAAGGCUAUGAAUAAUUUUAUUCUCAGCCCUCUAAUAGCAGCAACCGAUGGAGCAUCUUUGCAGGUGGCUCUUUGGAGACCCGAGGUGUAGCCCACCACCGCUGCAGGGAAGUUCAUCAUCUCUCAGCACCGCGUAUCGCUGCAUGGCUCCUUCACCCAGCCAGCCUGCAGCUCUUUAUACCCCAGCUUUGUUCUCUUCUUGUUGCUGGCAAAGUCCUGCUUCAUUGAGGUUGACCUCUGCAAUUGGCUGUAGCAAUUCCGUAAAUAAUUCCUGUCCAGGCAAGCGCUUAUUUUUUUUUUUAAUAUAUAUUUAUUUGUGACUUAGAAAGUGUCAGUGGUGGAAAACCUGCUGCAGUUUUUUAUUAGGUUCUAGCUCUGACUCACUAACCCAGCUUACAAACACGCGCCUUACCUGCCUUGACUGAUGUGUCCCCUAUCUGUGUCUUCUAGGGUGACUUUGCUGCUUCAAGUCAUUGUUCAAAGAGAUCUUCUCUAUGGUUCCUAUGUCUGUGUUUCCCCCUAGGACGUUCCCAUGGCUUUCCUUGUUCCAGAGACCUUUGCACUGGAGCCAAGUCCUUCAGGAAGUCCCUGUGCAUUGGGGCGCACUAGGAGACGAAAGAGGCUUCACUCUUUGGUGCAAAGCAGGAUUGAUUUUGAUGGCCAAUGUGUCCCCAAGCGCUGUCAUCUGCCAGAGGUGCAGCCAGAUGGGGCUGCAGCCAUGGCAGAGGGGUCGGGGGCAGCUCCUGUGAAGUUUUAAGGCCAGGUUUGCUGCUGGUGUUUUGCAGAGGAGGGUUAUGACUUGGUGUUUCCUGUUGGAGAUGUGUUGAAGUUGCUGGCUACUUUUCUGCAGGAAUGCUCUCGAGAUUUUAAGGUGCUUGCUUUUCUCCUUUUUUUUUCUGGAUUGACCACAGAAAUCAGGCUUCUUGUGGCGAUAUCCCAUGUAAGUCUCAUGUUCUCCUGCCUUACAAGACCUAGAAGUCCAAGUUGAGCAGAGCUCUUGGAUUCCUGGAGUCAGCUCUGCUCCCACCAGCCAACUCGGGAAUGGGAACGGCAAGACCUUUCACUGUGCUGACCAUCCCUACGUGUCCUACAACCACUCCAGGCUUCACAAGCUCUUUCUUUUCUCCCACAAUAGUUCCAUCUCGUGUUCCUUGUGAGAAUCCUGGCACGGUGAAGGAGGAAGCUAUUUGAUAGAGCCAGUUUUCAUUCAAGAUGUAAAGCCAAGAGCUCAUCCAUUAAGUAAAGGAGCAUCUUCAGAGCUGAGUGGUGUGCUAAUGGUGCUCUGUGCCAUCGGGACCCCUUCUAGUCCAGCUGCUAUUGUUUAUUAGGCUUAAAUAUAUUAACAUGGACACUCCUGUAGGCCACUGAGCCACUCUGCGGAGCCCAUAGGGUCUUGCUGGUCCAGAUCAGAGAUCUGGAGUUUCUCAUGUUGGACCAUCUCUGCAGUUUUAUGUAAAAAGCUCACUGUGAUGUGGUUCUUCCUUGUCUUUUUUUUCGCUGGGAGGAGGACUGUGUCUGCAGCCUUCCCCAAAGCCACUGCCAAAGGCUUUUCUGACCAUCGUCCUGCUCCAGUUCCUGCAGAGCGAUCAGUUCUCCCAUGGCUUCGCUUUCUAGAGAAGAUGAGGGCUCAUAAGUUAGAAAUGGCAGUGUUGCAGAACAAUAAGCAAAAGCCUCGGUCUCUUCCAGUCUGUGCAGUCACUGGGCAGUUAUCAGGAACCACGGAGCGGGACUUGAGCUGGACACCAGGAGGAGUAGAGGAGACCCUUCGCAGGUGCUACAGCCGGGUGAAGGAGCACGGCGUUGGGAAGAGGAAAAGCAGCUACACCUUUGAGCAGCUGGAGCAGGUCUUUGGGCAGGGAGGAUGGGACUCCCAGCCCUGCCAGCCCGUCCUCAUCAACAGCAGUGGCUUGUACCAGGAGCUGGAGUCAGACGGCAGCACGAUGGAGGAGUAUUCGCAGGAGGACUGGGGCAACCACAGUCAGGAUCUGCAUUGCUACCAGACCGGAGAGCAGGAACUGGAUGAAAUGCCUACCACAAAAAGAACAUUAAAGAUAAAGCAGGAAUCUUCAGAAGACACGCAGAAGCGCGACGUCAUGCAGAACGUUAUGCAAAUCUUGGAGUCGGUCCAGCUGAAGUGGGAGCUGUUUCAGAGCUGGACGGACUUCUCCCGGCUCCAUCUUUCCAACAAACUGGCCAUUUUCGGCAUCGGUUACAACACGCGCUGGAAGGAGGACAUCCGUUACCACUACGCCGAGAUCAGCUCCCAGGUACCCCUCGGCAAACGGCUCCGGGAAUAUUUCAACUCAGAAAAACCCGAGGGAAGGGUGAUCAUGACCCGGGUGCAGAAAAUGAACUGGAAAAACGUUUAUUACAAAUUCCUGGAGAUCACCAUCAGCGAAGCUCGCUGCCUGGAGCUCCACAUGGAGAUCGACUGGAUCCCCAUUGCUCACUCCAAACCCACCGGAGGCAACAUCGUGCAGUAUUUAUUGCCGGGAGGGAUCCCCAAAAGCCCUGGUUUGUACGCCAUCGGCUACGAGGAGUGUCACGAGAAGCCCCCCUCCCCGCUGGCCGAGCACCGGGGACCCGAUCCCGGCAGUGAGACUCCCGGGGAGCUGGAGGUCCCUUCCCCCCAGACCACCCUCCGGCUGGAUGUGGAAUCCGCCCGGAUAAUCUACUGUUACCUCGGCAUCGCUGAGGUGCGGACUCUCCAGCAGUGCCUGUUUUUACAUUUUCAGGCAAACACCAAAACCUUCAGCAAGGAUUGGGUGGGGAUCAACGCCUUUUUAUCUCAGAACUGCGUCGUCGAGCCCGGCGUCUCCCCCAAAUCCAUCUACAUCAAAUUUGUGGAAGUGGAGAGGGAUUUUCUUUCCGCCGGCUCUUUGGUAGAGUGCCUGGAAAAAGCCAUCGGAUACCCCUUAAAAUUUAACAACUGAGGCUCGUCCUUCAUAAGGAUUCGGGCUCUCUGCCCCCUUUUUCCAUCUCGCUACCAGACGCUUUGGGAUCCUUUCCCUUCCCAGCUGGGCGAGUCGAACUUUUCUGCCUGGACAGGAGUUUUUUUGGGGUGACGGGCAGUUUGGGGGGGGCUCCCCCAGCCAGCGCAGCCCCGGUCGGACCGGCCAGUUUUCCUACCCACCCGGCCGGUUUUCCCACUGGAGCAGGGAGUGGAGGAGAAGCUCCCAGCCUGGAGGUACAUUCCACGCGGGACAAGCGCGUCCACAUGGCGUUUUCAUAUGAAAAGCUGUUUUUUGAGGUUUUUUUUUUUUUUUCUUUAUUCCACGGUGUCUCAUUUUGACGCAUCCGUCUUUUCUCUUAAGUGUUAUUACGGAUCUGAAUAAAUAAGCAAUAGAUAAUGGCAAGUUAAACCUUGAAUCACGUUAAAGGAGACUGUUUUUCAAGAUACUGUUGUAUAUAAUUUAGGACUUCACUUUUUUCACCCAUCAAGUGUUCUCCUCUCUCCAAACAGUGUUGCCUGCAAAAAGACUUUGGUUUCCGUGACGUAUUCCACUUUACUCGUAGCGUUGCCAUAUCCCGCUUUUAUUUUAUUUUUUAACAUUAAAAGAAUUCCUGGCCUUUUUAUUUUUAUUUUGGGGGUU